AUGGCUCAACAACGAAGGGUUUCUAGGUCUUCUGCUAACAUUUCCUUUAAUAAUCCUUCCGCACCCGGUACUCAUAAUUUUCGUAUUGGGUCUUCUGAACCUACAGAACAUCAACCGGACCAACUUCGGGUUGCUUUUUUAGAAUAUCAAAUUGCUGACUUAAAAUUUCAGAAUUCCUUUGUUAUUCAGGAAAAUAAUAAUCUCCGUUCUCAGCUUUCUUCCUUUAUUCAAGAACAUAAUAAUCUUCGUUCUCAAGUCGCCGCAUUACAAGAUCUAGUUGAGGUUCAACAGAUCGCUAUUUCUAUUUCAAAUAAGGAAUUUAUUGAAGAAUUUUCAUUUAAUAGUGACCAAAUUUCCGCAGAUGAUAAGUCUUGA